AGUGCCAAUAAUUGAUACUAAAAUAUAAUAAUUGCAAUGAUUAUAUUAAGAAAAUGGGUUUUUGUGCAUCAUUUAACUCUAAAACUGCGAUGAAACGGUUUAAUUUUGUGUUUGUCAAUGUAUGGCUAAGCGUCCCGUGCCGCCUUUUUCCUUAGUUCCACAUUAUUUAUAUAAUUCUACGCGUUUCUGCAGUGAUUUUGAUUGUAAUGUGUACAAUGAAGUUGUAAAAAAUGUGCUUAAACGUGUAUAAAGUGUGUAAUAAAACUUCGAUUGACGGGUGCAUUGUGCAUUAGUAGUUGUGAAAGCGUACACGCUAAUGGCCAAUCUGUCAAGACUAGUGUUUACAAUCGAAUUGGUAAAUUUUUCAAAGUUUAUUUUUAUGUAGCUAGAGGCUAUAGGCGGUAAAAAUGUGUAUGCCUACGCCGAGCAACGUCUCGGGUUUUGGGUAUUCUUGGGGGUUCACAAGCACUGCAGAUCCCACAAAAUGUGAAGUGGACACACCAAAUAGUUUGAGCUACACACUAGGAAACACAGUUUCCCCAGAAACCACUUUGACUGUUAUGUCACAUAAGACACCGCAGGUGCAAGAAAAAGUUGGGGCACUUGCGGUGACAGUGUCUGCGAAUUCCGCAGCUCAAGUCACCAGAGUCGUGACCUCCGGUAUUCCAAUGGCUGGCCGGAAGGCCAUGUUCGUACUAAAUGAAGCACCAACACAGAACAUCCAUCAUAAGAACCAACAUCAAAAUCAAACUACUACAAUUCAGAGUCAUGUGAUUUCAGCUGCUAACCUGGCAUCGAAACCGUUUAUGACACCGAUAGGUCCUAUACAACUGACCGCCGAGGAGUGUAACGAAAUAUUGAUGAAGCGGGCACUCCAGGCCCAGGGUAUAGCAACACCAGUCAUUGAUGCGUCGCAGCUAAAUCAUACAUUACUCAACGGAGGCUUGAAAGGCUUAGCAGAUGCUACGAAUCAGCAGCAAACGGAAACUAUACAGACUUCGGUGCCACAACAUCAUCUUAUACACGCUAAACAGGAGCCCGGAACUACUAAUAAUUCUCCAAAAACGAUAUAUUCGCAGACGGAGAUCAUGACGAACACGGUGAUGGCGGUGUCGCAGCCUGUUGUGAAAGAGAGGCCGUACUCGUGCGACGAGUGUGGCAAGUCCUUCCUGCUGAAACACCAUCUCACUACGCAUGCAAGGGUGCAUACAGGUGAGCGUCCACACGUUUGCGGACACUGCGGUAAGGCGUUUGCCCGGAAACACUGUCUCAACACACACCUGUUACUCCACUCUGCCGACAGACCGUACCGCUGUCACGAGUGUAAGAUGGCAUUCACACUGAAACAUCAUCUGGUUACGCAUUCUAGGGUGCACAGUCGCGACCGGCCGUUCAUCUGCGGGGAGUGCGGGCGGGGAUUCCCCCUCAAGCGGCACCUCGUCACGCACAGCAAGUACCACGCCGGUGAGCGGCCGUACGUGUGCAACGAGUGCGGAGAGAGCUUCGCGCAGAAGGAGCACCUAGUAAUGCACAGCCGCUUCCACGGUUCCCUAUCGCCUUUCGUCUGCCCUGACUGCGGUGUGGCCUUUGCUCGGAAGUUCCAGUUGGUCAACCACGGCCGAGUGCACGGGCGGGUGCCUCAUGCCUGCCCCGUCUGCUCUAAAGAGUUCCUUCAGAAGAGGACGCUGGCUGCUCAUAUGAAAAUUCACACUGGAGAAGGUGUCGUAGCGUGCCUCGAAUGUGGAGAAGCCUUCAAAAGCAAGGAGGAUCUGUUGCAGCACUCUAAAAUAACGAGGCACUGUUUAAAUCUGCAAUCGCAGGCGCAACACCAACAACAGGUGCAACAACAACAGGCGCAGCAACAGGCACAGCAACAAGCACAGCAACAGGCGCAGCAACAGGCGCAACAACAGGCUCAGCAACAAGCACAACAAGCGCAGCAACAGGCGCAACAACAGGCUCAGCAACAAGCGCAACAACAGGCGCAACAACAGGCUCAGCAACAGCAACAACAACAGCAACAGCAUCAACAACAGACUACAGUUAUCAAAACAGACGAAUUUAAACCACAAAUAGUUCAGGUUAUUGGUGCUGAUGGUCAAAUCAUUUCGGAGAAAUCUACAGGCUAUGCGUGUCCGGAAUGUGGCUCGUGUUUCAACACAAAAGAGGCGUUAUCGUUGCACGUGCGACUCCACGCGGGCGACCGCACCUGCGUGACGGACCUGUGCGCGCUCACAGCGGGCCUGCAGCCGGGACUGGUUGCCGCACACCAUGCUACACAUAAUCAACCCAUUCAGAUAAUCGCGUCCAAUCCUAAUAGCAAUGUAGUACAUACACAAGUUAUUGCCACGAAUCACCACAUAACUUCGCCAAGGCCUAAAUUACACUUUUGUGUGGACUGUGGAAAGGGAUUCGCAGCGAAACACGGACUUUUGGCUCAUCAAAGACGGCAUCCGGACGGUAGUUGUACGUUACGGACGCACGUGUGCGAUCAGUGUGGCAAAGCGUUCUUCCAGAAGAAUCAUCUCAUGCUGCACCAACGGCAGCAUAUGGAUCUGCCGCCGAGGAAUACGCAACAGAUGCAGCAACAGGUGUCCCAACAGGCGCAACAGCAGGCGCAGCAGCAGGCGGCGCAACAGGCGGCGCAGCAGUCGGCGCAACAGGUCGCGCAGCAGGUGCAGCAGCAGGUGCAACAACAGGUGCAACAGCAGCAGCAGCACCAACAAGUGCAGUUAGAGUUGGAGCAGCAGGAGCAUCAACAACCGACGCAGAUACAAGUGGUGACAAACCGGUCGGGUCAGGUGAUCGGCAACCAGAUAGUGGUGGGCGGGCGGCGGCUGAUGGCGGGCGGCUCGCAACUCCAGCUCGUCGACCGCGACGGCAAACCCCUCUCGGCGCAGCUCGCGCACAAGCGGCACCCGGGCGGGGCCGACCUGAAAGACGUCGGAGGCUUGGUGAUCCGGUCGCCGGGUGGCACGGAGCUGAUCAAAUACGAGAUAUGUCUUCCCUGAGCCACGCCCAUGAUGGACCGAGUGAAGCGGGAACCACUCGAACCUAUGGUCGUCUGGCUCAAGAAAUAAACAUUACCAGAACUGUGGACAAGAGACAAUUUGGUGUGUGACAAGUGUAGCAAGAUGUGACUUGAGUGCUUCCACUUUUGUCUUGGUUAAAAGGGAUCUUUGCUAUCCAGAUGAUGAAAUUACAGACAUGUAAGGUUAAAAAUGUAUAUCAUGUUAUGCCCUUAGUCAAGUUGGAUUCUAUAAUUUCGACAGCGAAGUAAGAAAAUUAUUUGGCUGUUGAAUUACCGAAUGAAACUUGACAUAAUA